GUGGUUGCAUACGGCUCUUCUCAAGACGUACAUCAGUAGUCUUCUCGACCGUGAUAAUACUUUUGCCCUUCUAAUCGUUCCUUCACCUCGUUUAUUGCUUGUUGCCCGCCCAGUGCUUUACGUACCUGUCCAACAUGUCCACCGGCAUACUGAAAGUGCAAGGUGACCGCGUGGUAGGCAACGAUGGCAAGCCGGUCAUUCUACGCGGCGCGGGCUUGGGAGGAUGGCUGAACAUGGAGAACUUUAUCACCGGCUACCCGGGUCACGAGUCCCAGCAUCACGAAUCAAUGAUCAAUGUUCUGGGCAAGGAGAAGCACGACUACUUCUUCGAUAAAUUUUACGAGUAUUUCUUCACGGACAAGGAUGCCGAAUUCUUCGCUUCAAAAGGGAUGAACUGUCUCCGCCUGCCGUUCAACUACCGCCACUUCGAAGAUGAUAUGAACCCUCGUGUGCUAAAGGAAGGCGGCUUCAAGCAUCUUGACCGCGUUAUAGAUCUGUGCGCCAAGCACAAGAUCUACACUAUCCUGGACCUUCAUACCGUGCCUGGCGCGCAGAAUCCGGACUGGCAUUCUGACAACACGACCAACUACGCCGCAUUCUGGGACUUCAAGGAUCAUCAAGAUCGCGUCUGCUGGCUCUGGUGCGAGAUAGCGAAGCGUUAUAAGGACAACCCCUGGGUAGCUGGCUACAACCCCAUCAACGAGCCUUGCGAUCCGAAACAUUACCGACUGCCGCAGUACUACGAUCGCAUAGAGAAGGAGAUCCGUAAGAUAGACUCAGACCACAUCCUCUGGCUGGACGGCAAUACCUUCGCCAUGGAGUGGAAGCACUUCGAGCACACCCUUCCCAACUGCGUAUAUGCACUGCACGACUACUCAAUGAUGGGCUUUCCCAAAGGCGAGAAGUUCACCGGCACACCAGAGCAGAAGUCGAAACUUGAACGGCAAUUCGUGCGUAAGGCGGAUUUCAUGAACCAACACAAGACGCCCAUCUGGAACGGCGAGUUUGGGCCCGUAUACGCAAACCCGCAACUAGAGCCGGAUCAUGAGGAGACCAACGCUGCACGUUAUCAGGUUCUCGAUGAGCAACUGCGGAUAUACGACAAGUAUAAGAUCCAUUGGUCGAUUUGGCUGUACAAAGACAUCGGUGUUCAGGGUAUGGUCUACGUAAACCCUGACAGUAAAUGGAUGAAGACUAUCGCUCCUUUCCUGAAGAAGUCUCGUGCCCUCCAGCUCAACGCAUGGGGCCGAUACCCAAGCAAACAAGCUGAAGAGGUCAUCGAGCCGCUCGUUGCGUGGAUUGACAAGAAUGCUCCGACGUCUAAGGAUCAGUAUCCGACACCUUGGGUCACGGAGCGCCAGAUCACACGCUUGAUCAACCAGUGUUGGCUGUCCGGCUGUCUCUCCGACGAGUUUGCGGAGCAGUUCCGAGGUAUGAGCAUGGAGGAUCUGGAAGAGUGCGCGAAAAGCUUCCACUUUGACCAGUGUAUGCAGCGGGAUGGGCUGAACAAAGCGCUGAUGGCGCAUUCGGAGGUACCGGAUUUGGAGGAGGGGUGGACGAGACCGACAGAUAUGGAUGGAAGCUACGACAAGAACGAGAAGUUCGAACAAGAUUAGUCGGCUGCUUAGACUAGCUGCUCUGGUAUCUGUUACCGCUCACCAUCUCCCGUCAGCCUGGGGCCAGUGUCAAUCUACAACCAUCAAGGCUGAGACUUCGCACUCAGCGCCCACUUCACACCUGCAACCAACUUCUGACGCAUCUCCGUUCCUGUCUUCUCCAUCUACGGCAGGACCCAGAAAUAGUGCGGUAGGCCGGGCAUUACGUCUC